AUGGAGAAACGCACAGCCGAAAGUGUUGAUGGUGAUCCACCAGUGCCGUCGAAACGCCUACGACUUCUGGAUAGUGGGCCCAACGAACCCGUCGCCAACGACGGGAACACGGAGUUGUUGGUGGCGGCGUCCGACAGCUAUUCUAACCAAAAGAAACCCGGGUCAAGCACAAUGGCCAUGUGCGUCAACUGCAGAGCUUUAAUGGAAGUCGGGAAAGAAAUGGGUCGGAAGGAAGACCUGACGUUGUGUGAGGGUGGCGAAGAACGCGUUGCUGAACAUACACCUGGAAAGGAAUGCCGGGCCUGCGAAGAAAAAAUUCUCCCAUGCAGUUUCGUCGAAGACACACAGGCAGGCCAUGGUGUGACCAAUGGGAACACGCAGUGGGAAAAUGCCAAAAAGCUCGCAAGACGAGAAUUGGAGGCUUUGACGAAGCUGGAGGCCCUGGAAGCGGAGUUGAAACUCGUCAAACAGAGCGCCGACAUGGGUAUUAUCGGAGCGCCUGCUGGGACAAAGACAUUCCCCGAACAACUCGCCGCGCAACUAACCCAGAGCAACAUCGAGAAGACUACGUCUGUCCAUGUGAAGCUAAUCAAUGACUCUCUGGCGGCCUAUCGAACCAGUGAGUUGAGCAAAAUCAACGCGAAGAUCUCGACGAUAAGAAGUGCCCAAGAGGCACAGGUCCAAGCCGAUAUCCGUGCUCGUUAUGUCCACGAAUGGAACUUGCGUUUGCAACAGUUGGAAGUCGACACGAGAACCAGGCGGUGGGUGGAGGACCGCCGCACAAGUUCCGAUGUCGAGGAAUCGAGAUCCACCAGGCUGAAGGCUUUGCUCAAAGAGUUCAAGGAGAAGGAGGCCGAACUGACGAAGUCGAGUAUGGAUGUUCAGAACCGUAUCAAAAGAUGGGUGGCUCAGGCUGAGGAACACCUUCAGAAGCAUGUUGAACAUUCCAAGAACACAUUGGCGGCAGAGGUGAGAGCACAGGUGGGAGCCCAUGUGGCGCAGGUGAGGGCCCAAAUGGCAGCCGAACAGACAGAGAAGAUGAAGAUGGAAGGGAUAUGGCUAAGCUUGAACCAGUUGGGCGCAAAGCUGGACCAGGUCGCCUCAGCCCAGGCUAAGUUGACGGCGGAGGUGCAUCAGAGCACCGACGAACAAGAGGAAAACCUGCGCCGUCCGAAACCUCAGCGACCCGUCAUCACCGAGCAACAGAAUCCGAGUCCCUCGAUCGACACAGUGUCAACGACCUCUAGCCUUGUGGUGAAGCAUGAGAGCGUCGAUUAA